AUGGCCAAGCGGCGAGAUGCGGACAAGGAGAGCGGAGAGCUGAUCGGCCCUGCUGCGGGGGUCCAGCGAGAUGCGACGCCGUAUCCCGGGAUGGUGAUUGAGUCUCUGGGCAUCAUGAUCUACAAGGCGUUGGACUACGGACUGAAGGAGAGCGAGGAGCGGGAGCUGAGCCCACCCCUGGAGCAGCUCAUAGACCUCAUGACCAACAUGGGCGAGGCCGAGAGAGACGCCUGCCCUGACGAAGGUUACGAGGCCACCGAGGAAGAGGAGGAGGCCGAAGACGAUCCCAUCAACAUCUGUAAUGUCCGUGGCUACAGGGACAUCCUGAAGAUGUGUGUGUCUCACCUCCCCAGCCCUGGCGACGCCCCCAGCCACUACCAGGCUGUGUGCCGUGCUCUCUACGCUGAGACCAGGGAGCUACGCUCCUUCCUGGAGAAGAUCAAGAGUGCCAAAGAGAAUCUUCGGAAGAUGGGUGGCGAGCCGUCUGAGGAUCCCAGCAGAGACCUAAAUGAGCUCCAGAAUGCAGACUGGGCUAAGUUCUGGAUGCAGGUGAUGGGAGACCUGCGGAACGGGGUGAAGCUGAAGAAGGUCCAGGAGCGCCAGUACAACCCUCUGGCCAUCGAGUUCCAGCUCACGCCCUAUGAGAUGCUCAUGGAUGACAUCCGCUCCAAACGCUACAAACUACGCAAGGUCAUGGUAAACAACGACAUCCCACCAAGGUUGAAGAAGAGCGCCCAUGAGGUCAUCCUAGACUUCAUCCGGUCCAGACCUCCUCUCAACCCUGUGACAGCCAGGAAGCUGAAGCCCCAGCCCCAGGUUCCUCCCACCCUGCACGAGAUGAUCCUGGAUGAGAUUAAAUCUGAGAGGAAACUGAGACCUGUCUCUCCUGAUGUGAUCCGCAGGAGCAGGCUGGUAAUUCGGCCUCUUAGCAUGUCUCAAAGUUUUGACUUGUCAGAUGUGUCCAGCCCUGAUGGCCGCAGGAAGACUUCCAGCACCAUGACCCUCAGCAGUCUGUCCAAUGGGGGGCCAGGGACACCAGGGGGUGGAGCCCAGGCCCUAUGUCAGAGGAAGAGGCUGAAAGCGCCUACCCUGUCAGAACUGGACAGCUCCGACUCUGACGAUGACAUCACCAUUGGGGGUCGAAGGUCAGCCAGUAGCUCCAGUGUCUCUACAUCGGUGGUAGAUGACACAUCUCCAGAGUCUGUACUGGGCAGGAAGACUCCACCCAUGUUCCUGCCUAUCUCCUCCACCCCCCAGCCUGAGAGACGGCAUGCCCCCCAGAGGAGACACUCCAUUGAGAAGGAAACGCCCACCAAUGUACGGCAGUUCAUACCCCCAUCCAGACAGAGCUCCAAGUCUCUGGAGGAGUUCUGUUUCCCGGUAGAGUGCUUGUCCCUGACGGUGGAAGAGGUAAUGCACAUCAGACAGGUGCUGGUCAAAGCAGACCUGGAGAAGUUCCAACAAUACAAGGAUGUGUACAACGCUAUGAAGAAGGGAAAGCUUUGCUUCUGUUGCCGAUCCAAAAGGUUUUCCUUGUUCACCUGGUCCUACACCUGCCAGUUCUGCAAAAGGCCUGUGUGUUCACAGUGCUGUCAAAAAAUGAGGCUGCCCUCCAAGCCCUAUGCCAACCUGCCCAUAUAUUCCCUGGGAUCUACCACCACUCUAUCGAGGGACCGGGGAGCAGCAGCAGCCCCCAAGCCUGAGAAACCCUCUACCAGCCACCACCGCCUCAGCCUUCAGAAGACCAUGUCCAAGUUGUCUAAGCACGGUAGUCUGGAGAAGUCCCAGUCCCGUGACGAGGUGGAGCUCCCAGCGGAGCUGACGGAGGACUGGAGCACCAUGGAAGUGUGCGUGGACUGCAAGAAGUUCAUCCACGACAUCAUCUCCUCCAGCAAGCACAGCCUCUCCCUGGCCACCAAGCGGGCGCGCUUAAAACGCAAGACCCAGUCCUUCUACAUGUCGUCCCCCAAGGGAGCUGAUUACCGACCCUCGGAAAGAACAAUCAACGAGAUCUAGACUCUCCCCUCGUCCUUGUCUACCUUCUCCACUGUCUUCUAGCUACUUCCAGAACUUAUGGCACAAUACAGAACUCUGACUGACUGGGUUUUGAUCUGGAUGACCGUGCUGCGAUCCGGCCUAUACCAGUAGACGUGUCUAGUUUAGUCUGUCUGUCGAUGCUGUCAGAGCAGGCUGUGGACCUUUACUUUUCCUUAGAGGAAUGUGGACUGUGUAGUCAGUGCUUGUUGCUAUGUUCUCUGAUCGUCGCAUACAGUACCAGUACUUUCAGACAAAAGGAUACUAGUCCAUUUUUAUACAAUAUUUUGUUCAGUAAUGUAAAUGUUCCCAUAAUGUUCUGCCAUAGAGAGGUGGUUAAGGACACUGAAUGAUCAAAUGUAAAGUAUGAGGUAGUGUAAAGAUUCAAAGUGGUAUGGCCUCAGUCACCCCCUAUACUGGCACAAUUGGUGGAAUGUGGUAGGAGCUACUCGCCCACAGAAAAAUCAAUUAGCACAAGGCAAAAUGACGCUCCAUAUUUGAAUUCCUCAGGCUGUAGUAUUCUACUAUAAGAGAGUAGGUGUGAUGCUGACAACACAAGUCCCAUACUGAGAGCUGUGAACAACUUGAAGUGGAGACAAUAUGAGACAAAAGCAACAAACGAUUGGAUGAUGACUUAAAAAUAUAUGGAACUGUAGAUGUUUUUUUUUUACAAGUUAUAAUUUUCUAUGGUAUGGUAUACAUGUGUACAUAUGGUUCAGCUUAGAGUCAGGUGGUUUGUGAUGAAAAGUUGCCUCCCCCUUUUUACUCUUCUUGACAUGUUCAGGUUAUUUUUAGCUGACGGUACAAUAAUGAGUUAUGCUCAUUGAUGUUCUCUGGGUUCUGAGUGGUCUUGAUGAAGCAUCAUUUUUACCAUAAAGAAUAACAGGUAAACAAACAGCGUGUCACUUUGCUCAAAGUUGGAUCAUACCCAUGAAGGUAGCCCAAACCUCUCACCUGUCUCUCCGUAGGCGUAGGGUCUACAGGAAUGUCAGGUGUCAGCUUUAGUGCCAAAAGGAUUCCCUUCUGUCUAAACCAUAAUAUAAAACCCAAAUAAGUAUUUUUUUCUGAUGUAAAUAUUCAUUGACCUUGCUUUAGAUAGCCAUCGCAGCCCCCGAUUAGAGCAUGCUUCUCCAAAAGACGUCAGACUACUGAAUAUACUAACCAUAGAAAUAGAAUGGUUAGUAUGUUGCCAACUACCAUUGUUGCAUAUUAUUAUGGGAUAUUAGAAUCCCAUUGUUUUAACCUUUGUCAUCUUCAACUUAGACCCAUGCCAGGAAGUAAAAGCAGGAUGUGUACCCUUCAUUCUGUGCUGUGAUGUUUUGCUGAGUCAACUCAACUGACAUUACAAAAAAUAUGUCGCAUUGCAUGAGCCACAUCAGUUAACAUCAUUUGAAUGAACAGUCUUCAUUACCAUGGUAAUCCAGCAUCAGUUGAUAAAACAUUCCAAAUAACCAUGGAAAUUAUUGCAUUGCAAUACUAUGGAGCCAUUGUUAGAGUACAUAUGAGUUUACCCGUCAAAUUUCCAGGGUUAGAGCUUCCAACCCUGUUCUAUUCAUUCUAUUUCUAUGAUACUAAUGCUAUGACAUGAUGAAGGAACAAUAUUAACACAGUAUCUGUCACUGGUAGUUGAACACACGUGAUAUCAUUGAGCAGGUACAGUAAUUGUGCUAGAUAAUCAUAACAAAAGCAGACACAAACAGUAGGAAUCACUUUUUGUCAAUAUUUUAUAUAGCCUGUGCCCCCAACAAUCAUCUAGUCUGUUACAGUAACAAGCAUGCGCCCCCAGAAAUAUAUUCAUAUUUUGGGAAAGAAAUCUAUACCUGUUAUGUUGAUUUUAGUUAUUGAUGUAAGUUUGACAUGGCUUUUUCUUUGGUUUUGAAUGGAAUAUUUCAUAUUGUGCAGAUAAACACCCAUAUUCAAUAACAGUACAUGAAAUGAUCUCAAAUUGUCUUUCUUUGCUUUACAAUAGUUAUGGUAUGAUUUAACAUGCUUAAAACCACCCUCUGUUUUAUUGUAUAGGCAGCAAAGUAUGGUAUUACACGCUACUCUCAUGUUCAACUCAAAGCCUCAAAAUAAUGCAUUCAUGAAUUUGUAUAUCAGUUGUGUGUGACUGUGGUGUGUCUUAACCAUACAGUUUGUCUCUAAACCAGAAGCAGAAGCAUAUUUCGGGAGCCAGGAAUCAGGAUGUAUGUAUAUUAAAGUGACUAUUACAAAUCCAGUCUUGUUCCUUAUAUUUCUGCCUUAAAUACACUGCCUUCUUCUCUCAUCAUUAACAUAUUAUUGUUGUGACAUAUUGAAUCCACAGUGACUCAGCAUUCUGUAUGUAAAUAUUAUUUAUAGUAAUGUUCGUCCAUAGAGCAGGUCUGUGUUUCCUUGACAACUUACUUCACGACUAAAAUCAUUUAGACUUGGGGCUAUUAACUUAGUCUAGAUCCAAACUAAAUUGCUCUGUUUGGUAAAGUGAAACAGAACUAUUCAGUUAGGAUCCAGGCUACUAUUAACUAGCUUAGAGAUUGUUUCUCACAAAACAAGUCAUUGCAGGACAAAAGAUGGACUAUAAUAAGUAGAGGUGUGGUACAUAAAAGAAAGCCCAAAAUGUGACAGCAACAUGCAUGUACUGCUGUGUAGCUUGUAUCUUUAAUCUGUUCAAACCUUCCAGAUGUAACUCCCUCCCAGAG